AGUGCGGUCUCCACUUCGAGGCUUUCACACCGCGUGAGCCGCGCGAAUUCUCAAGCAGCCAAUGAUGGCUUCGAGCCACGCCUCGUGCUCCGGCGCGACAUAAAUACUCGCCCCGUGAGACGCCUGGAGGAUCAUCGCAGGCAGCGAGGCGAGGUGCAGAGUUGUGGACGACGACGCCUACAAGAAGCGCGACGUGCAGCAAGCAGCAGGAAAGGGGAUGGAGAGCAAGGCGAGGCGCAGCAUCUGGCUUCUCCUGGUGGUGGUUGUGGUGGUGGCCGCCGGGCUGGAGACGGCGCGCGGCGCGGGGGAGUGCGGCCGUGUCCCCGUGGACCAGAUGGCGCUCAAGCUCGCGCCGUGCGCGGCGGCCACGCAGAACCCGCGCGCCGCGGUGCCGCCCAGCUGCUGCGCGCAGGUGCGCACCAUCGGGCGCAACCCCAAGUGCCUCUGCGCCGUCAUGCUAUCGAACACCGCGCGGAGCGCCGGUGUCAAGCCCGCCGUGGCCAUGACGAUUCCCAAGCGCUGCGCCAUCGCCAACCGCCCCAUCGGUUACAAGUGUGGCCCAUACACCCUGCCAUGAGAAGGCAAUGGAUGGCACUGGAAGGGCACUCGAAAACUUUGACUAUCCAAUAUAAAAACUGAUGUUACCUUGGGCAUGUGAACCUUUUCCUGAAUCUUUCUGAAUAAUACUAGUGCUGUUGUAUUGCAAUGACUCUGUGGGAAUAAAGUACCUUUAUGAA